GACUGGGCGUGCUGAACGUGGCGGGAGCCAAAAUGAAUCCGUAAGGUAAAAAAGACUGGUCCUGCUGCGCGGAGGUAAAUUGUUUUAAAAAGUUGCCACAUAUGGUUUUUGACUAUGAGCAGCUUACGUUCAGCGAUGCAGAAAGGAAAGAGAGUCGGUCUGGAAAUGGUAGAAACUGCAAAAGCAAAGCGGAAGAAGUCAAAGAUAACCGUGAAAGAAGAGGAAACCGUGGAUGCUGCUUCACCCUCCACGUACCACACUUUCCCUGAUCCUGCUGAUGUGGUCCUGCUGAGGUCUCAGCUCCUGAACUGGUAUGACAAGGAGAAGAGAGAGCUGCCAUGGAGGACUCUGGCCAUGACAGAGCCAGACCUCAACAUCAGGACAUAUGCAGUGUGGGUUUCUGAAAUCAUGCUGCAGCAGACCCAGGUUGCCACAGUAAUAGACUACUACAACAAAUGGAUGAAGCGGUGGCCCACAGUGCAGGAUCUUGCAGCUGCAACGUUAGAGGAGGUGAAUCAGAUGUGGGCGGGCCUCGGCUACUAUUCACGAGGAAAAAGACUACACGAAGGCGCUCAAAAGGUGGUGUCAGAACUUAAGGGACAGUUGCCUUGCACAGUUGACAGCCUGCUGAAACAGCUUCCUGGAGUGGGACGCUACACUGCUUCAGCUAUAGGCUCUAUUGCACUUGGCCAUGUUACUGGAGCAGUAGAUGGCAAUGUGAUUCGGGUGCUGUGUCGCCUGAGAGCCAUCGGAGCCGACAGCACGAGUCCUGCAGUAACAGAGGCGCUUUGGGGUCUGGCUAAUACGCUGGUGGAUCCUGAGAGACCAGGGGACUUCAACCAGGCCAUGAUGGAGCUCGGAGCGCGAGUCUGCACCCCUAAAGGACCACUGUGCAAGCAGUGUCCCGUACAGUCUCACUGCCACUCUUAUCGCAAGGUUCAUGUCAAACAAGAGAAAAACUCCAUGAAGCUCUUGGGAAAGCUCGACAGGAAGACUUCAGCCCUGCCUGAUAUAGAAGACUGUAUGAGCAGCGGAUCAUGUCCACUGUGUCCCUCUGAGCCCUGGGAUGAUGAGUUGGGGGUUCAGAACUUCCCCAGAAAGCCAGCGAAGAAGCCGCCCCGAGUUGAGCGAACUCUGACCUGUGUGGUGAUCAGACCUGGAGAGUCGGGAGAGGACGAGUACCUGCUCACACAGAGACCAAACAAAGGUUUGCUGGCGGGCUUGUGGGAGUUUCCGAGUCUUCUGCUGGAGGGUGAGAACUCGGAGAUGAAACAAAAGAAGGCGCUCUGUGCUGAGAUCAGAAGGAUACUGGGAACCCAUUUGACUGAAAGCCUUAUCCAGUAUGUUGGAGAGGUGGUGCAUAUCUUUUCCCACAUCCACCAGACAUACGUGGUUCACAGUGUGUGUUUGAAAGACGGCGACACACAGACACAGACUGAAAAUGCGCAGUGGCUCACAAGAUCUGCUCUGCAGGAAGCUGCUGUGUCCACAGGAGUGAAAAAGAUUGUGAAGCUCUGUGAUUCUCUGGACAGCCAAAAGGAACAGACUUCUAAGGAUGGAAAAAGGCAAAAGCACAACGGCCUAAAGAAUGAGAAGAGGACACAGACCUCAAAAAAGCCCAAACUGAGUGUAGCGAACAGCGGCAGCAGGCAGCUCUCCCUCAACUCCUUCUUCAAGACAGUGAAAGAAGAAUCUUGUUAGAGUCUGACAUUGUGCAUUUCUUUGCAUAUGUGCCUUUUUGACAAAGCAUCAUCCCUGUGUUGUCACAUUUAAUUAUUGUGGUGUCAUGAUCCCAUCACUGGGAAAUGAAUACAAAAGUCCAUCCAAUAAUUUUAAAAUGGACAGUUUUAACAGUGAACACAGACAGUGACACAGAAUACAGAGUGUGAUACAGUGUUGAAAAAUAAGAAACAAUCAGUAUUUUGCUCCUAUGAUAUUUCUGUAGGGACCUGUGCAUCAGCAUUGUACUACAUUUUUAAUGACCUCAUUGUAGAUAAUCUUUUUAUUACUAUAUAAUGAUGGUAACAUUUUGCCUUUAUAUACGACAUUCUGAAAUUUAUUGUAGAUUUUAAGUCAUUUCAUGUCUGCUUACUAUAUGUUUUAAAGACUCAAUAAAAUGAAGCGGUAUGGAGGGAAAAUAACUGGAGUUCAUUGCAGGUCCAGACGAAAAACACGCUGGUUUUCAUACUUGCUGGUGGCAUGUGUUCUGAGAUAUAUUAUCUAUAUUUUUAUAAACAUAUACUGUAUAAACUUUUAUGUUAGUAUUACAUUCUUUCCCUGUUAUUACAAUAUGCCAACUUAUUUUAGGUUUUUUUGUGACACACUGCUAUGCCAUUAUAUUUCAGAG